GAGGAGCAUGAGGGGUAGGGGUGAGACAGGACGAGAAGUGAGUAGACUGUAACUGACACGUGUCACUGGCGCGCCUCUGCGCAUGAUCCGUAGAUAUCGCCUACGAACAGUUUCUAGCAGACGACAUCUCCGUCCGGUAGAAAGCGUGUGAGAUUCACGCAUGAUCACGGAUCGGCGGUUACCAGCCGAACGGAAGAGUUGCGCUAAAUUGGGAUGACGGCAAAUGCGGCAGUGUUCGCCAGAGGCUCACCCAGACUUGAGAACGGGAUCCCGACAACAGUGCCACCUAUGGAGGGCACCAAGGGCCUCAAGUCGCAGGACAGCACGAUCGCGUUCCACACUGCCGACGAGGCGGUGCCGGAGAAGGUCACUGAGCCGGAGAGGGAGACGUGGGGCAACAAGAUCGACUUCCUCCUCGCCUGCAUCGGCUUCUCCGUCGGACUCGGAAACGUGUGGAGGUUCCCCUACCUCUGCUACAAGAACCGGAGGAGGCGAGUGUCGGUUAAGAUCCUCGCAUGGGGGUGGGGGACGUUCCUGAUCCCAUAUUUCCUUUUCGUUGCCAUUGGUGGCAUUCCCAUGUUUUACAUGGAGGUGGCACUGGGGCAGUUCAUGUCGGAGGGUGGAAUAAAAGCUUGGAAUAUAUGUCCUUUGUUUAGAGGCAUCGGUUUUGCCCGCAACGACAGUGAUUGUAUUUUACCUGAACUGUUAUUAUACAAACAUGCAUACCUUGACGUGCUCGCUUCGCUACACGUUCGCGCUCCUUCACGGAACUGCCGUGGGGCGUACAAGGUGUUGCGACUGUCGCAAGGGAUCGAGUAUCCGGGCGCCAUCCAAUGGGACUUGGCGCUCUGCCUCGUGCUCGCUUGGGUCAUCUGCUAUUUCUGCAUAUGGAAGGGAAUCAAGACGUCUGGCAAGGUGAUGUAUUUCACAGCCACGGCCCCCUACGUGUUCAUGGCAAUCCUGCUCAUACGUGGGGCGACCUUGCCAGGUGCAAAGGAAGGCAUCAUAUUCUACCUAAAACCCAACGUAACAAGACUGGCCGAGAUUGAGACUUGGGUCGAUGCUGGAACUCAGAUCUUCUUCUCCUAUUCCAUCUCGCUAGGAACGCUGACUGCUCUGGGCAGUUACAACAAGUUUCAUCACAACUCCUACAAGGAUAGCAUCAUCUUUGCGUUCACGAACAGCGGUACGAGUUUCUUCGCUGGCUUUGUCAUCUUCACCGUGCUUGGCUUCAUGGCAGGCAAGCAGGGAAAGAGUGUCGCCGACGUCGCCGAGUCUGGUCCGGGUUUAGCGUUCAUCGCAUAUCCGACGGCGUUAACACAGAUGCCCAUUGCGCCGCUCUGGUCUGUACUGUUCUUCUUCAUGAUUCUACUGCUAGGACUCGACAGCCAGUUUGUUGGUAUAGAGGGCUUCAUCACAGCUAUACAGGAUCUCUACCCGCGCCAACUGCGUCAGAAAGGCAAGCGCGAGCUGUUCAUAGCUGUCGUCUGCAUCUUCUCGUUCUUCGUCGGCCUCAGUAUGGUGACAGAGGGUGGAAUGUACGUGUUCCAGAUCUUCGACUAAUUAUACAGGAAGCCGCAUCAUACUGCUGGUGCGCAAGCCAUGUGCGAGUGUAUUGUCAUCUCAUAUAUUACGGUAGGCGUCAAACGUUUCUAUGGCGACAUUAACCAGAUGCUGGGAUACUCCAUCAACCCCUACAUGAAGAUUAGCUGGAUGUUUAUAACGCCUUUGUUUUGUCUCGUGAUGUUUGCACUCAGUGCGUACUCAUACUCAGAGCUGUCGUACAAGCGACCUCCGCCGUUCGGCACUUACUACUACCCGCAGUGGGCGAUCGCGAUUGGCUGGAUACUGGCGGUAUCCUCCAUCUUGUGGAUACCGAUCGUAAUGGCAUAUCUCCUACUCAGGGAAUCUGGAUCUUUGUCCGAGCGGGUUGCCAAGCUGAUUGAGCCGAUACUGAAGGAUCGAUCGGGCGACGAGCUGCACGACAACCUCGCCAUGGCCCCGUCGCCCACCGACGUCGAGAAGUACAUGCCAUCAGCAUUCUACCCGGUGCUGCCACCUGACACUCAGACGAAGAUGUGAAGCACGCGUUGUGUGGUGUGUGUGUGUGCGUGCGCCGUGCGUGACUGUGUGCGUGCGUGUGCGUGUUGUUGCUGCUGUGUGUGCUG